CUAUAUCCGGUCUCCCAGUGGCAGUUGAAGGCUGUAGUAAAUUUGUGGCUUUCUAAACAGAUUCGUGUAUCUAUUAACGCCAUUAAAUAAUUUUUCAGUGGAAAAGGGAUGUUUCGCAGAAAGCUCACGGCCUUAGAAUACCACAACCCGACUGGAUUUGACUGUAAAGAUGAAACCGAGUUUAGAAACUUCAUAGUUUGGCUGGAAGAUCAAAAAAUCAGACACUACAAGAUUGAAGACAGAGGAAACCUCAGAAAUAUUCCCAGCUCAGACUGGCCUAAGUAUUUUGAAAAGUACCUUCAAGAUGUGAACUGUCCAUUCAGUGUUCAGGAAAGACCGGAGACUGUUGACUGGCUACUGGGCCUUGCUGUUCGUUUUGAGUAUGGAGACAAUGUGGAGAAAUAUCGAAACUGCAAACCUGUGACGGAGACCAAUGAUGGGCAGAAGUCUGCAGACCCGUUAAUUAAUCUGGACAGUAACAAUCCAGAUUUUAAGGCUGGUGUCUUGGCUCUUGCGAAUCUUCUCAAAAUUCAGCGACAUGAUGACUAUUUGGUGAUGCUUAAAGCCAUUAGGAUCCUUGUACAGGAACGUCUGACACCUGAUGCUAUUGCAAAGUCCAGUCAAGCAAAAGAGGGUUUACCAGUCACCCUUGACAAGCAUAUUCUGGGAUUUGACACCGGAGACGCUACUCUGAAUGAAGCGGCUCAAGUUCUUCGUUUGCUUCAUAUCGAGGAGCUCAGAGAGUUACAGACCAAGAUUAAUGAAGCCAUCGUCGCAGUUCAGGCCAUCAUCGCAGACCCCAAGACAGAUCAUCGCCUCGGAAAGGUUGGCAGAUAAAAACAUCCGCCUGGACCUUGUAGAACAGACCCUCUCCAUCAGACUUGCUCUGUGAAAUAUGCUUGUUUUCAUUUACCAGACCGCAGAUAUCCUGUCGGAAUUCAAGGCAUUUUUGUGGGAAUGCCAAACGGGACUAUUUGUUUUUCAUUAUUACAUAUUUGCUUUACCCUGUCAGUUACAACAAAAAAGCAAAGAUUUAUUGCAAAAUUUUAUUUCAUUGUAACAUGUUAGCCUUUUGUGGAGGCACUUAGAAAAUGCUACAUGGGUUACCAUUAAAAACAGUAUGUUUUGUUGCUUAAUAAACCUUAAUUCAACACCGAAA